UAUCUUACUCUCCCUAUGUGCAUACAUGCGGAAAGUGAAUAACUGUUAGUGUCCUAUUUGGGUGUGGACAAGGUUAUCGGUCACUAUAUAAAAUACGAAGUAAUAGCAGAUAUUUGUAUCACUUCUCCGGUAUCAACACAUUAAAACAACAUGAACCCAUUGUCUGUAGCUGUACUUUUCGUAGCAGUCGCUGCCGCCAGCGCUAGCGGUCUCCUUGGAGCCGGUCUCGUAGCCGACAAAGGAGCCCUCGAAGGCGCACUAGGAGGCCAAUGGAUUCCUGAUGUACCAGUUGCCGGACACGGACCUGCAGGUAUCGUCGCUCCCGGAGUAGUAGCAGCUGGAGCAAGUGCCAGAGGUGCCCUCGAAGGUGCCCUUGGAGGACAAUGGAUCCCUGAUGUACCAGUAGCCCACGGACCUGGUGUACUUGGCGCUGGUGUACUUGGAGCUCCCGGUCUCGUCGCCCCUGGUAUCCUUGGAGGUCCCCUUGGUCUCGGUCUUGGUCUUGGACCCGUAGGACUUGGUCUUGGACCCGUAGGACCCCUUGGUCUUGGAUUGGCUGGACACGGUUUGGCUGGACCCAGUGCCAGAGGUGCCCUCGAAGGUGCUUUGGGAGGCCAAUGGAUCCCUGAUACCCACGGUCAUUAAAUAGUUUAGUGUUUAUGUGGCUGACAUUACAUCAUUUUCUUUUGUUUUCCUUCUUUCUUCCUUUCUAUGCGUUUUGUAAAAUAAUUUCUAAAUUAUUACCAUAUAUUACAUCAAUAAAUGUCAGUUUCUUUUA